AGUUUUUCAUUUUCUUCCACUCAUUUUAUUUAAUUUUUACGGUGAUUUCUUUGAGUUUCUUUGGGUAUCAAGUUAUUUUUAGUCAAUCGAGGAUCCGAAGAAAAUGAUGAGCGACCCUGAAAGUCAUUUUGAAUUGAUUCUUUCUCGAGUUAGAGAACAAUUGAACCAGGAACGGCUUCAACUAUGGCUGCCUCCUUUCACUGUGGAGGGAGAGAGUAAAGGAAGAUAUCCCGAGGAGCUUGUAUCACGCUUCUCCAAGACACUUGGAAUUACUUCCCCUACCAUUAUUGAAGCCUUUGAACAUCUACGACAACAUGCACUUGACAAACUAGAGGCAAGAAACCGCUUCAAAGAAUCAGGAAUAGCAACUCUAAAAGUUCGAGUGGCUGGCAGUCAAAUUGGAAAAAUAGAUAUCAUUAUUGGUCUACAAUGUACUGGUGCUGAGUUGAUAAAGAAAAUAAGUAGCGAAUUCCAUGUAGAUGUUGAUAGACUCAAGUUGAUUUGCAAUGGUCAAGUCAUUAAUGAAGAUAAUACAUUAGAGAGCCAAUCUGUGAAGAACUCAAAUCAAAUUUUGGUGAUUCAGCUAUCAGAGACUGAAGUUGAAGCAAGGAAGAAGCAACAAGAGAAUGAGAAGAUGACAUCUCAGGUCAUGCGUACUAGACAAGCUGCAGAGGCACUAUCGAAAAGAACUGAUGCUGGUAAGAGUGAGAAGAUGCAAUAUUUCUUAGAGAUUAAUGACCAGGAAGGCCGACCACUCAAUCUACCUGAAAAUGAGAGAAAGGCCUUGGCACUUGCCAUGACUUUACAUGAGAAAGGAAAGAGCAUCCUGAAGCACAAAAACUAUGCUGAAGCACUGGUCUAUCUGCUUGAAGCUGACAAAGAGUUCAGCCAGUGCAGGGCUGAAAUCCUCAAUGCUGUUGAUAACUAUGCCAUUCUUUGCUUGGAUAUUGUAUGGUGCUAUCUGUGUUUGAAGAGCAUCAAUGAUUUACCAGAUGCAGAAAAAAGACUUGAAACUUGUCAAGAAUGCUUUGAGAAAAGCUAUGGAAGAAACCUUGAACGACUGACCGUAGUAAGGGGCGGAACUGGACGUGAAUUAGCUCUUUUGGUAAGACUGCACGCUCUAAGAGCUGUUUGUGCUUACCAUAAAAGACAGUAUGAUGUUGCCAUGAGAACACUGGACAAGGCUGAACAGGAAAUAAGGAAGCUGCAUGUGGACGAUGAUCAUCUGAGCCAAUUGGUAUCGAUGGGUUUUUCUAUACGCGAGGCACGUCUUGGGCUACGAGCCUGCGAUGGUGAUGUUACAAUAGCAAUCGACUAUAUAACACGAACUAAGCAGGAAAGGAAAGAAAGAAGAGAACGAGAACGAAAAGAGCGAAGACGUGAAAGAAUGCAAAGGAGACUAGGGAAAACAGCUGAUGGCGAAUGGGUUAAUCUAUCACGCCUUGAAGAUUUAGUCAGCAUGGGAUUCCCUCGUCAAUCUGCAGCCGAGGUUCUGCGCCAGUCCAACAAUAGUAUGGACAAAGCUUUACAAGUUCUACAGGAUCAUCCUGAGCUGCUGGACCUUCCACCCGAUAGGCUGGGAGAUUUGGCUUUCGACGUCCCAGAUGAGUUAGUUGCCCAGAUAUUAUCGAUGGGGUUCAACAUUGAAGCUGCUAAAGAGGCACUCAGACGGUUUGGAGGUAACGGAAGGCGAGCGAUCGAAGAGCUGGUUGCUGCAGGAGGAGUGCUACCCUCGAGCUCGAGUUCGUCUUAUGAUGAACAGUCCGGCUCAAGUAGCGAGAACGAGGAUCCUGAACUAGAAAAAGCCGUGGAGGAACUGGUACCGGAUAUUACAAGUGACGAGGAUGCGUACCUUGACCUCGCACUUGAAGACGAAGCCGCUGUAGUAGCAGAAUAUAAAGCUCUACUUUUAUCACGUGGUUAUGGCAUGAAAUCCUAAUGUGUUUCUCAUUCGUUCCACUAGAAUAAUAUCCCCCUUGAGAGCUUCCACGCACAAUGUCUAGAGUGACGCUAAGUGAUGGGGAUGACCUUCGAGGCGGUUGCCCGGGAGAGGGGGGACUCAGGGAUAAAAGUAUCGGAUAUGCUCGUCGGGAAUUUUCAAGAAUACCCCUAGGAGAUACCAGAAAUUUUUUAAAAAGGGUAUGGUUGAACGAUUUUUACCCCUAAGAGAUACCCUAAAAGAUACCAAGAAAUGCGGGAAUUCUAAAUUUCAAUUUUAACGCCCAAAAAGAUACCAAAUCGAAAAUACCAAAUACCCAUAAGAAAUACGACGAGCAUACCCGAUACUUUUACCCCGGAGUGCCCCCCGGGAGCGGUAGCGAGCGGGUAAUCUCGUUCAUUUAUCGUCGCUGGGAGGUGGGUGGGGUGUCGAGCUGGUCUUUUACUUGAAAUUCCCAACUGGCUCAAAAAGGGUGAUUUCGUAUACGGCAGAUUAUUUAUACUCGUCCCAGGCAUAUGGAGGUUUAAGAUGUAAUCUCCUGGGACGCAUGUAGCAUUCCUCUCGAGAAAUAUAAAAAACGAGUUAUAUUUUGAGGCAUCGUGCGAGGAGCACCCAGUAAUAAUAGAAAUAUAAAAUGAAAAUGAAAUGGCAGCCACUGCACAAUAAAACUCCACGAAUUGGCAUAGAAACCAAGAAAAGUAAAUGUAAAAGAUAACAAUUACACCAUAAUAGAUAUAAAACCAAUAGGAAACAAUCCCUGGCUUCCUAUGUACCUGGCCACACUAGAUUCUUUCAAAAUAUAUAGAUAUCUAAGGGACCGUUCAUUUUUUA